AUGGGUUUUGGAAGUUUUAAAACAGUUUGCCGUUCAAGCACUCUUCCUGUUUGUAAUCUUUUUUAUGGUAAACUUGAACCAUAUUGUGUUUUAAAGGGAGUUAGAAAUAGAUCGACAAGUUAUGUAACAAAUCCAAGUGAUAUUUCUUUUGCUAUUUUAGCUGCAUUAGUUGCAUUAUGGCUUGUUAUUCGGUCUCAAAGUAAAUUUGCAGCAGUUGGCCGAAGAGAAAUGCAAAUAUUAAUAUUAAUGUAUUUUUUUAUUAGUGUUGUUCAAAUUUUUACAAUAGGAGGAUUUAUUACAAAUAUUAAAUUACUUGCAUAUUUUACAGCAGUGCAUAUCGGUCUUAUAGCUGCUUUUUUUUGGGUCCUUUUGAUGAAUGCGAUUGUUGGGUAUCAAUUGUUUGAGGACGGAACUGUUUUUUCUGUUUUGAUUACACUUAUUCCUUCUCUGUUUUUAUUUCUAGGUUCUGGAUAUAUUGUUUUAGAUUCAAUGCUUUUUUGGACCAAAACGUUCAUAAGUGGCUCUCGUAUGUUUCAAAAUUACGGAAUAUAUGUUUUUUAUUUUUUAUGGUCUCUUCUUUGUGUCAUUGGAUAUUUUAUAUUGGAAUUUAUUCUGGUUUUUAAAAUAUUGGAAGAAUGGAAACCAUUAUUAUUAUUGUCUGGAUCUUUAAUCUUAUUCAUAAUUGGUCAAAUAUUUAAUUUUGUUAUAAGUAAAUAUAUUUGUCAAGGUACUCAAGGGAAAAUAGAUGGCUCAUUUAUUGGGACUCUAUUUGUUCUUUUAAGUGUAAUUCUUUUAUAUAAGUUUUGGGAUUCAAUUACAGAGGAUGAUUGGGAUGAACCUGUAUUUCAAGAAACUCAAAUGGCUAAUGUACCAAAAUUUGAUUUUUCCCCAUAA